CGAGUCAGGUUGGCUUAUAUGCGCUAGUAAACAUCAAGCGUCACUGUCAACCAUACAAAAAGCUCAUGAACAAAACUAGUCUUGCUUUAUUUUUAAGUGUAGACCUCGAGACUUACUUUUCUUUGCCUUAUUGUUUCAGUAACAGCGAUAUGAGUAAAAAUUGAACCACCUGUGUAGCUUCUCGGUUUCAAUAUUUUCGUCAUUUCAUUGCUUUUAUCUUUGCGGGUUUUGGUUGAUAGCAAUCCUCGCUUAUUAGCAUGGACGAUCCAGGGCGUAUGAUGAGCCAUACUGGGGCUGGAUUAAUGCCCCCGCAAGCCUAUGGAAUGACCAACCAGGGCGAUACCCCAUCAGGUGGAGAGAAUGAACCUCGAAAGCAAGACAUCGGGGAGAUUUUGCAGCAAAUCAUGAACAUCACUGACCAGAGCCUUGACGAAGCCCAAGCCAGAAAACAUACAUUGAACUGCCACAGAAUGAAGCCGGCGCUGUUUUCAGUCCUAUGUGAAAUCAAGGAAAAAACGGUUUUGUCUCUGAGAAAUACUCAAGAGGAGGAACCCCCAGAUCCGCAAUUGAUGAGAUUGGAUAACAUGCUAAUAGCCGAAGGUGUAGCUGGCCCCGAAAAGGGUGGUGGAGCUGGAGCUGCAGCAUCAGGAUCAGCUGCAGCUCAAGCUGGACAACCAGAUAAUGCUAUUGAGCAUUCAGAUUAUAGAGCGAAGCUGGCACAGAUUAGACAGAUAUACCAUCAGGAACUGGAAAAAUAUGAACAGGCUUGCAAUGAAUUCACCACGCAUGUAAUGAAUCUGCUACGUGAGCAGUCACGAACUCGGCCGAUUACUCCCAAGGAAAUCGAGCGAAUGGUACAGAUUAUUCAUAAAAAAUUCAGUUCAAUUCAAAUGCAGCUGAAGCAGUCCACUUGCGAGGCCGUAAUGAUAUUAAGGUCUAGGUUUUUGGAUGCCAGACGCAAGAGGCGGAACUUCAGUAAACAGGCAUCAGAAAUUCUGAACGAGUACUUUUACUCUCAUUUGAGCAAUCCGUACCCGAGUGAAGAGGCCAAAGAAGAAUUGGCACGGAAAUGUGGAAUCACCGUCAGUCAGGUCUCUAAUUGGUUUGGCAACAAGAGAAUCCGGUACAAGCGGAACACAGGUAGGUACAAAAAGAACAUAGGAAAAGCCCAGGAGGAGGCAAACCUUUACGCGGCGAAGAAAGCAGCUGGGGCUUCGCCGUAUUCGGGUACUCCUACCCCAAUGAUGUCUCCAGCGCCGCCCCAAGACUCGAUGGGUUACUCAAUGGGUUCAGCCUAUGAUCAAGGCUCAGCUUAUGAUGCCAGCAGCUGUGGGUACGAUCCUAUGCACGGACAGGAGCUGUCUCCAUAAGUUUGACUUAUUAAGUAGGUGAAGGCUUACAUAAAGAACAAAGUUUACUGAAUUAACUUAAUAUUCAGUAGUCUUUGUCAAUCUGCUCAUUUAUCUGAUCAGCAUGCAUUAUCGUGGAUGAAUUUACUUCGCUCUUAAGACAAUCUGCACGUUUCAUAAAAUUUGUUUUUGUUCCUCUUCACUUAACAAAAUUGCAUGUAAAAUUCGAUUUUUUAAGUAAGUAGUGUUAGCGAGAUGCUUUUAGGUAUAGGCCAUCAACAAUUCUGAGUUCUAAGGAAGCCGAAUUUCUCUCAAAUAGCUUCGAGUAGUAUACUGUUCGCGGUAGUUAUUAUAUUUCCGUUCAAUUACAGAUCUUUAGACAGCCUCUAUCCCAAAUUGGAGCACUAAAAUGGAAAUAAGUCCGGUACUCGCUCAAUUUCAAUGCUUUUAACCUAAUCAUCACAGUUUUUUUAUUUGAGGUUGAAAGCAAAAUGAAAUUCCGUUGAGUUAUAUUUAUGUAUACUAAAAGCCCAUGUAUACCUACUAGUUUUAACAUGUGCAUUAUUUCGAUUUCUUUAACACUGUAUAGUUAGGCGAGUGUCGAGUUCAGGCCUCACUGUCUAGAUGUUUCAGCAGAUUUUAAGGUACUAUGCGUAUAAUUAAAUAGCAUACUAUGCAUAAUAACAUUGUUUCCUAUGCAAGAUCAUAUUUUUUUUGUAGGGUAGGAUAAAUAUUAUUUCAAGGUGCAAUCUUAUUGUUUUUAGUAAGUUAAGACGCUUUUUAAGUAAGGAUUUGUAGUGGGAAAAACUAAUUAUUUUUACGUAAGUUUGUCAGUGUCAGAAAUAAAGACAUUAAACGAG